GUUAAAUUAUUGAAUGUUGUUUGUGUUGGUUCUUGUCGUCGGGUGUCGUCGUCUUUAUGGCAAUGGUUACGGUCAGACAGGGUUUUAUGUUGUUGAAAACAAGCAGGAUGUAUCAGCCUUAUAGGCAGUAUUUCUUUGUAUUGAGCAAGAGCAGUGAUGGAAGCAGAGUACAGCUCGAAUAUUGUGGUAAAGGUGACUUGGUAUCAAGCAAGAAGAGAACUAUUCAUCUGGAAACCGCCUGUACUGUCGAGAGACGAUCUGCACAUAAACCCCAUGCAUUUCGUAUUUGUUUAUCUGGAAGCCACUGUAUGUUUGCUUGCAGUAGUGAAACGGAUGCCGACUUGUGGGUCAAGGCUAUUAGAGAAGCUAUUUCAGCAAGAGGACUGAACACUGCCAGUAAAGAUAUGUUUGACGUUACUGUUGAGACGUCACAGGCGUCUCGUAAGGCAAAGUUAGCAGGAAACUACAUGAUUGAAAUUGCCUCAUUGGAUGUGGUGAUUUGGAGAAAAUCAGAUCACCAUCAAGAAACGCUGCAAGAGAUUUUACGAUGUCCAAUCAGCUGCAUUGUUGACACCACUUGCAGAGAUUUAAAAGAUGAAGAAUGCACCCACAUAAUAAGCCUGCAGUUGGCAAGUAACAGUCAUCAGGGACUCUUCUUCUUUCGCUGUAAUGAUGGACCGCGGGUUUUACAAGCUAUUCGUAGCAGAACAGAUAUUUCAGAUGAUCUCUUUUCUCAGUUGCGAUUAAGAAGGGCACAAUCUUUUGAUACGUUUGCCUAUGAUGACCACGAUGUUCAGGAGAGAACUCUCUUGCAGCAGCAAACAAUGUCAUAUUCAUGUGACAAUAUUUUUGAUAAUGAGCCAAUGAACGUUGCAUCACAACCCAGUGGUCCACCUAUACCGCCACGAUUAUCGUCACCUAACGAUAUAUAUAGCUCUCCUAGAAGUUUUUCAAGCACUGGUCUUGUAUCGCGUUUUCAACAGGGUUCUUUGAAUACAACUGAAUUGUAUUGUGGUGAACGAACAAUAAGUGAAGAAACAUGUGAUGGUCAGGAGACUUGUUCAAAGCCUCCUCCACGUAUGCCUGCACCAGUUUUAGUCAACAAAUCCCAGUCUGAACUUUCAUCUUCACCAACUGUUAGUGGUUCAAGUUUGCCGACCAGCCCUGUGUUCAAGCCUUACUCGCCUCUAACUGAUGACUUUCUGUCAUCACCAGUAGAUUCAGGACCAGUACGUGUUGGGCAACCACGUACACCUUGUGAGAAGAAGGCAACCGCAAAAGUAAAUCGAGAUGCAAGAGUGAAUGUGCCACUGAAAUCACCUAUUUUGGUGAGAACCUCAUAUGAUGCUAAAUGUGUACCCGAAGCAACGACAGGACCGCCGACAAUGCCAAGGCCACUUGGAACAUUAUCAUCUGCAGAACAAGCAGUGGCAAGUAGCAACAGUGUGUCUGAAAGCCUUGGCUAUAUGGGACGUAUUAGGAAAGCUUUUUCUCUUGAAGAGCUCAAGUAGUGUCAUAGACAAGAUUAUCUGCUUUAUCAACAAGCUCGUAAUACAUUUAUACAACGGUUUAGUGAGUGCGUUUUAUUGUCAGACAAAUUGUGUAAAGUUGACCGUUUUAUAAAAAUACUGGCUUAGAUAGUUUUUAUGCUUUAGGUUUUACAACUGCUCAUGUUUUACAACUGCUCAUGUUUGUAUAGUAAUGGUGUAUAUAGAUAGCUGAUUGAUGGACACAAAAGCUCUACUCUUACUAAAAUAGAACAUAGCAGUAGUGUACAUGGUACUAGUGUACAUGGUUUGGCAAACGUCAUUAUAUUAAUUCUGAUGUGCUCUCCAUCUGUGCAGAGAGCUGCCUUUAUGUACGUAAUUG